UUGGUGAUAGCAUACAGUAUGUACGUACAUACCGUACUUAAGGUAAAUAGAUGCUGAUCAUGCCAACAAAAGCAACCAAUCAGCAACUCACUACAGCCACGCAAGCCACAUGCGCCUCCGAAAAUGUCCAAAGCGACGGGAACGCCAGAAAUGUGCUCGUUGGCGUCGUUUGAAAACGUUGACUUUGGGGGGCACGCUCUUAGAUUUAGCAGGCCUAAUCAAAAUGUCUCUGCAGAGGGCGAGAAGCAAAAAUUUCCAGGGCGCGCGCCUGGAACCAACCGCCACAACGGGCCGCUGUGCCCCGUGAAACUCGGCGUGAUACCUGACGGACGGCCGGCUCUUGGUGGUGGGAAACAGUACACCAGCAACGAUACAGUCUUCAGCAUCCUCCAGCCGCUAGUUGUCACCAGCCUUCUCGUAGCUGACUUGUGUGCAAGUUUCGUCGCCCUUCCGUGUCUUGCCUUCGGUGCUCCGGAUACGUUGCAAGGGCUUAGGCCCGCCCUUCUCACCACCUCGGCGCAGAAGUACAAAGCUUUCUUCCCACAAAGGUCAAACAUGGCAUUUAAGUUCUCAUGGUUGGCUUUAGCCGCAUUCCCCUUGCUCGUCCUCGGACAGACGCCGUUGCCUCCCGCCGCGACUACCCUCAGCACCGCUGUGCCCCCCGCAGCACCCGUACCCGCUUUCCCAGAAGGCGGCCCUUGUUCGGAUAAUACUCAGUGUUCCGUGAGCCCGGGGACCGUGUGUGUAACACUGCCAGGGCAGACCUUGGGAACCUGCAGACGAGACGCUACACCAACAGGGAGUAGCUCUGGCAUCACCACGGUGUUCCCGGUCAGGACGCAAUCUAGCCCUCGGCCAACGGCAACAGCAAUACCUUGCACCUCUACGGCUCCUGCAGCUGCUAUCCUCGCGAUAUGUGGUGCAGGGAAUGCCUGUGUGAACGGUUUUUGUCAACUCACACCCGAAGAACGUGUAACUCGAGCAUCAGGCGGUCUGUCGACGGCGUUGAUCGUGAUGAUAGUUGCAGCGGCGGUGUUGGGGUCGGCGGCCCUAGGCUUGGUGACGUGCUUUUGCAUGAACAUUUGCUGCUUCGCUCACCGAAGCAAGCAUCGGAAGGAGAACAAGACUCGGACAGCUGCGGCGGCUGGGAAGGCCCAGGUGCUGGAUGCGGAAGACGACGGCUUCGGCGAUCGGCACCGAAGUUCCGCCCACUUCAGCAGACAUCCCUCCCUCUCGUCCCAGUUCAACAACCGAAGUUUCAAUAAAUUGGAGAGGGAGCAGCAACGCCUAGAUUUCUCACGCGCACCAUCACAUUUUGGCACCAUCAAUACCAGCGGCGUUGCUCUCGUCCCAGAACAUCAUUUCACACCAAACAGCACCCAAGCCUAUCGCCAAUCCUAUUUUUCCCACAUUGACCGCCACUCCCCAUUCGACCCAUCUCACAACCCAAGCGCCAGCGAACACUCCCCUGCACUCGAAAACUUCCCUCCCAACGCCGCUUAUUCACAUCAAGCACACACGCACCAACCAUCCGCCCUCGCUUUCCCUGCUGCAGCACACCACCCACACCAUCACAACUCGGCCUCGGUCCCGUACGCCGCCGUAGCCCUCGCCCCAGCAGCAGACCUCUACCACUACCCCCAACCCCCACCACCGACAACCCAAACCGACAUUUACCCAUCCCCACCAGAACACUGCGAGUUCGGCUACUGGGACGCCCAACGGCGGUUCCACCAGGGCUUCCAGGAAGCUGACGGGACCGUGCACAGGGGAUAUUGGGACGAGGAAGGCAAUUUCUGGAACCUGUCGUUACCCAGAAAUCACCCGGAUGGGUCAGUGGGAGACGAUGCGAGGGACUUGCAGUCAGGGACAGAGUCGCAUACUAUGGCUACCUCGACAACGUCGGAUUAUCCAUACGUCUUGAACUAUAUCCCCUCCGUAAUAUUUGCCGGCGUAAUCCCCACGUUAUUUUUGAAAUAUCUGUACCGCCCUCUCUGUCCGCCCUAUGUCGUCCUCCUCUCCCGACCUCAUGGCCCCGCCUCCCUCUCUCGCACAUGUUGGAGUUAUCCUUCGCUCAGCGCUCUCUUGCAAAUCCCGUGUUUCCUGGCGCUUUUCGUCGACGCUAGCGAGGCUCCCGAGACGAGAAGUCCUUCAUAUUCUAACCCUUGCUGCCCGCAGUUGAUCUUGAUAAAGAACCUUCGACCAGCAGGGCAAAGAUAUGACUUGGCCGUCAUCAACGGCAAGUUGGCAAUAGAGUCUGAGGCCCCGAAGGUCGUCGGUCAUCCAGGACAACCACACCUUCUCUUCCCAUUUUCACUCAGGCCUAAUUUAGCCUCAAACCCCGUCAGAGCGGCAAUCAGCGACCCAUCGGGUAAAUGCAUCCGCCGCCCCCUCACGAACCAGCCCAGGAUGCAGCGCGAUGCUAUCGUCGCAUUAUCCAUCCUCGUUGCGCCAGUUGAAACUGCCGAUGGAUGCUUGGCCCUAAUCCACUGCAAGCUCAGCGAGCCGAGUUUCGAUGUUUUUGAGCGAGGUUUUGAGCGACUUGAGUUUGGGUUGCCGUUCUUCGCUGGCGGCACGGACUACGCCUUGGAUGUCGGUGAGCAGGUUUGCGCUGGGCUUCGGGAUUCACCAUCUUGGCGUGCGACCUUGGGUGUGCGGGAUUCGGCGUGA